AUGUGCAAAAAAUGGCAGCAAAGAAGAGGCACACAUAUGUGUGGCAGUGCUGCUAUUGUGGCAACCCUUCUAUACCAUAUAGAAGCGCUGGAUGCCCGUCAUGCGGGUACGCCCGCUGUGGCAACUGUCACAUCACCAAAGUCACGCUGCGUUAGGACUUCCGACACUCCUCUUUUCGACUCGAGCCUCUUCGCCAUGCCCCAGUCAAUGGACGUCUGGAUUUGUUCUAUCGAACUUUGGAAUCAUUCGUCAUAUUUCACAAGAGCUAUUUUGUCUUACCCAAAAGUUCGUGGGCCAACUUCGAGGCACAAGGGGUUGGCUGAAGAUUGCUUAUUCAUACUGCGCAGUUACAACAGCCAAAUGACUGCGUAUACCUCCCAAUUUCGUUUUUCAUCUCCCGUGUAA